AUGGUCUUUGCUGUUAACGAGAUUAAUGAUGAUCCAGAACUUCUGCCAAACAUCACACUGGGCUUCCGUAUAUACGACUCCUGCUUUAAUGAAAUGCAGGCUGUUAAUGGAGCGCUACAGCUUCUGUCUGGGACUGAAAAAGGAAUUCCAAACUAUAUUUUUGAGAAAAAAUCUAAGUUGGUGGGAUUUGUAGGAGAUCUUCAGUCUUCCAAUUCUGUUGCUGUUGCAAGAAUUUUGAGUUUGUAUCGAUUUCCUCAGAUAAGCUUUGGGUCAGCGAUGUCCUAUCUAAGUGAUAAAAUCAACUUCCCUUCUUUUCUGCGCACUACAAUAAAUGAUAAGAUACAGCCAUAUUAUUUCAGUAGGCUGAUGAUUCAUUACAACUGGACCUGGAUAGGAAUUCUGGCUGCUGAUAAUGAUUUUGGCCUCUAUGACAGUGAGCUUAUGAGAAAAGACAUUGAGGCAGCUGGGAUUUGUGUGGCCUAUUUUAUGCGGAUAUCUGCCCAACACACCAGAGAUCAGUCACUCUCCAUUCUCCAAGCCAUAAGAAAGUCAAGUACUGUGUUAGUCUUAUUAUAUUGCUCAAUGCCAGAACUGAUCCCUUUUAUGAAAGUUGCAACUGAAGAAAAUAUAACUGGAAAGGUCUGGUUUGCCAGUGGCAGUGCUAUCACUUCUCCUAUAUUUUCAUACAAAGAGUUUUGGAGAAUAUUAAAUGGGACCAUUGGGUUGAAAUUCCCUUUAACGGUAAUCCCUGGAUUUGGAAAGUUUCUUUUUAGUACUCAUCCUUCUUUAUAUCCAAAAGAUAUUUUCAUUAAAUUAUUUUGGGAAGACAGUUUCAGUUGUUUGUGGCAAAAUGAAAAUCGUGAUAGGCUGGAAACACCAGUCAAUGGAACAAUCUAUUGCACAGGGCAGGAAAACCUUAAAACUUUAGAGCACCAAGGUUAUAAUGCAGCAGCAUCAGGGUAUGCUAUUCGUGUUUACAAUGCAGUUUAUACACUCACCCAUGGUAUCCACAAUAUGAUUUCCUGCAGGUCUGGAUCACCAUGCUUUAACAUAAGUGGCUUGGACCCAUGGAAGAUUUUGCAGUAUGUAAAGCAUAUUAGGGUAAGAAACACAGCUGGCCAAGAGUUGUUCUUUGAUGAAAACGGAGACCUGAUAUCUUACCUUGAGUAUGUGAAUUGGCAAGCUCUUCCCAAUGGUGAAACCCAAUAUGUCAAUUUGGCAACUUUAAAAGAAUUUCCAGAGAGUCAUAUUGUUCUGAGUAACAACACAAUAUUCUGGAGUGGAGGUUACACAGAGGCACCAGAAUCCAUAUGCAGUGAGAGCUGCCCCCCAGGAUACAGAAAGGCCCCACAGAAGGGACAGCCAGUCUGCUGCUUCGACUGUAUCUUGUGCUCAGAAAACGAGUUCAGCAAUCAAACCGACUUGCUUAUAAUCUGUUUUAUUUUUUAUGUAUUAGAUUCCACAAGCUGUAUGAAAUGCCCUGAAGACAUGUGGGCAAAUGACAAACACAAUGGCUGCUGGAUGAGGAGCUUGGAAUUUCUGUCAUUCAGAGAAACCUUAGGGGGCACAUUAACUACUAUUUCUGUUCUAGGAUCUCUUCUUCCUCUCAGCAUCCUGGCAAUUUUCAUAAAAAAUGCAGAAACGCCAGUUGUGAAAGCAAAUAACCGGAAUCUCAGUUACCUCCUCCUCCUUUCCCUGUGUUUCUGCUAUCUCUGUGCUUUAAUGUUCAUUGGCCAUCCCAUUACUAUAACCUGUAUCCUCAGGCAAUUUAUAUUUGGGAUCAGUUUUGUGAUGUGCAUUUCAUGUGUGUUGGGAAAGACAAUGAUGGUGGUGAUCGCCUUCAACCUCACCCAGCCAAGGAGCAGCAGGAGAAUGUGGUUGAAUUCUCGAGUAACGAACACCCUGGUGCUUGUGUGCACAGCUAUACAAGUGAUUAUAUGUGCUGGGUGGCUUGCACACUCUCCCCCUUUUCAAUACACUGACAAUAAAUCCAAGAUGGACACCAUUAUUAUGGAAUGUAACAAGGGAUCACCUGUAGCUUAUUCAUGCACAAUGGGAUAUAUGGGGGUUUUAGCUUCUUUGUGCUUUGUAGUUGCUUAUUUGGCUAGAAAGUUGCCGGGCAGUUUCAAUGAGGCCAAACUGAUCACCUUUAGUAUGCUGAUAUUUGGAGCUGUUUGGAUCUCCUUCAUCCCAGCCCACCUCAGCACCACAGGGAAGUACAUGGUGGCAGUGGAAGUGUUCGCCAUUUUAUCUUCAAGCAGCGGAUUAUUGGUGUGUAUAUUGUUACCCAAGGUCUACAUUAUUAUUUUGAGACCAGAGAUGAACAAAAAAGAUAGAAAAAUAUUUAUUAUAAAAGAGAAAUCAUAAGCAGUUCAAUAAAUUACUAGCUUGUGCUUGUUAAG